CUAUGACGUCUCCCUGCCCAGGCCAAUGGGAGUGGCGCAGGGCGUAAAGCCGUCUCGCGCCGGGUAAAAGGGAUUUGACAGAAGCAGGUCUGGAGCUCAGCCUCCGGUUGACUUCCUCGGUGGGUCGGCGGCAUGGCGGCGGCUGCUGCAUGCCAGCACAGCGCUGUGAUAACCGGUAGCGGCAAAAAGACGCAUAGUAACCGGGAACACAGUCGGAGGAACCGGGAGAACUCACGCCGGAGACAAGCCGCUCUUUUAUUUCUUAGCAACAUCUCUCUGGACGGACGGCCAGUCCAGAGUAAUCCGGCAGAACAUGCUGGAAGCCGCCACCACAAAGACGCCGACUUGGAGGGAGCAGCGGCCGAGCUGUGCCCGGAGCUCGGUAACCCGGGACGCUACGGGACAUCCUCCGGGUUGGCAGCGGCCGUGAGCUGCGGGAACGUUAAUCCCUCCCCGGGAACGAGGACGGGUCUCCUCAACAUACCGCCUAUCCUCAUCCUGCCGUCAGACACGGGGUGCAACGACGUGGGAAGCGCAGAGGUGCUGCUGGACUGUAACCUGCUGUCGCCGUCCCCGUCCAGCGCCAGCAUGCUGCUGUCGCCACUGGGACCGCGGAAGUCUUCCACGCUGCUGUCGGUUCAGAGCUGCAACUCGGUGUCCUCGGAGCCGCGCCAAAGGACUCGGAACCUCUCUGGUGGCUCUCCGAAACCUCGACACGCCAAGAAGAUCCACUUCAUUAAAAACAUGAAACAAUACGACACAAGAGGCAGCAGGAUCGUCCUGAUCUGUGCGAAGAGAUCUCUGUGCGCCGCCUUCUCUGUUCUGCCCUACGGAGAAAGCUUUUACCUCAGUGAUCCCACAUUAAACCACCCCAAAAGGAGGCACUCGUCUGGGAACAUCUCUACCACCCUGGAGAUGCUACCAGGGCUGGAGGGUUUUCAACUGGACAUCUAUGGCAGGUCUGUGUCGUACGCCCAGUUCCUGUUCCCCACGAACGCCCUGGUGAGGCAGAAGCCGUCGUCAACCUGCGACCUGACACUGCAGAUUCCAGUUUCAAGGAGUACGCCCAGCAUGCCGGGCAGGAGCUGCCCACCCAGCAGACUAAACAGCGCCGUGGGACUGGACCUGGGUCUUGAAGAUGUGACGGACUACGACCCUAACCUCCUCAGUGACCCCCAGUGGCCUUGUGGGAAACACAAACGGGUGCUGAUCUUCGCCUCCUACAUGACAACGGUAAUAGAAUACGUCAAACCGUCUGAUCUGAAGAAAGACAUGAACGAGACGUUUAAGGAGAAGUAUCCUCACAUUAAACUCACUCUCAGCAAGAUACGCAGUCUGAAGAGAGAGACGAGAGUCGUCGGGGAAGAUUGCGGCAUGCAGCCCGUCACCAUCGCCAUGGCGUUCGUCUACUUUGAGAAGUUGGUGCUGCAGGGUCGACUCAAUAAACAGAACAGGAAGUUGGUGUCCGCUGCCUGCAUCCUACUGGCUGCUAAGAUCAGCAGUGACCUCAAGAAACAGGAAGUCAAACACCUCAUCGAUAAGCUGGAGGAGCGCUUCAGGAUCAGCAGGAGGGAGCUGAUAUCGUUUGAGUUCACCAUCCUGGUUGCCCUGGAGAUGGCGCUCUAUCUACCUGAGAGCAAAGUCAUGCCACAUUACAGGAAGCUGGUGCAGCUGCAGCAGUCAAAGCAGUGACGCACUGACCCCUCCCUCCAGGGACCCUCGGCAACGUCCACCUCCACAGGAUGAUGGGCGUGGCCGUGUGACGCCUGGCUCAGAGGUACUGAGUACCACCUCCUCUGUGACCCCAGAGGUCAUCCGCACCGUGGCGGUCGUGCGACAGCUCGGACGACAUCGCCUUCACCAAAGUGACGACACACGGGAUCGACGCUGCAGGACUGAUGCACGAGAAUCCCUGAUGGUCAGAUUCAUCAUAAAGCUCAAAAUCAUGUCUUUCUUCAAGGAAGUUUAGUUUUUGUUGUUGUGCGGUUUCCCUCAACAUCUUCUUUGAAGAGAUUUUAGUCAUGGAAACUCCGCUGAACGCAGCUCUCUAAGGAUUGCUGGUUUAAACGGUUCAAACGGCAGAUUUCUUUAUCAUUUUGGUUCAAUCUGAAUUCAUGUGGAACGUUUGUGAAGCUGUGUUGAACAGUUUUGAGUAAUUCCUUCUGAAAUCUCUGUUUAUGAGAACGUGAGUAACUAUUGCCCCAAAGGUCCAACGGUUUCCUUCCCAUCAGGAUUGUACCGCUGUACCUUCUUCACAUUGUACAGGAUAGCUUCUCAAUUUAGUUCCAAACUAAAUCUGAUUUUCACAUUCACAUCGAAUCAAAAAUAUUGCCGUAGCGUUUUCAAAAUGACUAUUUGCUUCAGAGUCGACUGUUUGUGAAACAGAGUGGGCCAAAGACACUGAGAUGGAGGAUAAACGUAUCCCUCCUUAAUUUGUUUAAAAACAAAGUAUUGUACAUUUGACAAUCAUUGCAUUUCAAAGCAUCUUCAAUUAAUCGUCCUGAGAGUUUCACAAUAUUCACUUAUUGCAGUUCCCAGUAGUACCUCCUUCUAUCUCGUCCUCUCGUGAGACUGCUGUCUCUGGCAUUAAUGGCGUUGCGUCGGCACUUUUCCGCGUGCCGUCCUGAUGUUGCAUCUCCAGCCGGAUUCCUUCUGAAUAAUUGUCAUGAUUUUUUUGAGGCUUCUGCUUGUUUUUUGAAGAUGUUUACACAGCCGCUCCACCCUUCCUCACUGCUCUGAUCAAACUUUAAUUAUCGAGGCGUAGGUUCACUGGUUCACAUGAGCCCGCUUUACUGUAACACAUAUUUAGAUGUUUAAGUGCCUUGCCUAUUUUGCCUGUCCCGCGGAUCCAGGGAUUCAAACAGGCAACUUCUUCUUCACCUCUCCUGUAUUUUGACCUCUGACAUUGUCAUCCCUCCACCAGCAGACCGCUGCUCACUCUGGUGUUCGCAGAGGAUCAGUGCGUCUUCAGAAAAGUGCUGCGGCGACGAGAGGAAGAGUUCAAAUCCCACGAAACCGAUGACGCCGUCUUGAUGAAACAUGACAUUGAUUACACAAAUGAGUUCCCUCCUGUCCUGUGUGCGUCGUUGAGGUCAUGUGAACACGUCCCUUUGCAGGACGAUGGGCUCCAUUUCCAGGCGUCUUCAGAUGCAACCUGAAAGGUUUCCUAUGUUGAGGUUCUCCAAUGUCCCAAAGUGACGGAAUCAUUUUGAUACGAUGCUGAAUCCUGAACACAACUCGGUUGUCAUGAGUCGUGCUUUAUUUUUACCCAAAUUCACAAACUCCAGCACCUCAAAUAUGAACGUUUGUUGGUUUUCUGUCUUGUUUUGGCAAAACAAACUAUUUGAUUAUUUUAACCUGGGCUGUUUUUUCACUUUUUUUCUGACAUUUUAAAGACGUUACAUUUAAUCAAUUAUUUGAGAGAAUAAAUUACGGCUGGAGGCUAUGAAACAGAUGUUGAAAAGCCCUGAAACAAACACACCAGCUCACUUAAGGCACAACAGGCCUGUAUUAACUUAUAUUAUUACGAUUGUUGUUAUUAUGUUUCUGGGAUAGUUUAUUGGAGGGAACUUGGUGUAGCUACAGACUUCCUGAGGCAACAUCAAGUACCAAAAAAGACCUUCCUGUUCAUAAACUACCAUAGAGAACUCAUUAUUUAUCCUGUUAUUUAUUAUUUUAUUGUAUCAUAAAGGGACAAAUAUUUAACCAGAGGCCUCCAACAAGUUGUUUGUGCCUGUUGUUCCUCCAUGCAGUAAAAUCGGCUUUAUCCAAAACCAAAGUGAGUAUUUUCUUCUCGGAGUGGUCUCCAUCUUUCAUAGACGGCCAUGUUGGAGGAGAGACGGCAGCACAAACGCUUCCUGUCGGGCCUCUGUUGUUGUUGUUGUUGUUGUUGUUGCACUUUUGCCUUUUUUCUUCACAAUCCUGACUCUUGAUUUCAUCACGAAGUCACGAGGUUAAUCAUAUUUUUCUACGUUAAAUGUGUAAAUAUUUUUUUAUUGAAAGCUGACCGAUUCACUGAGAUGUAUUUAUUGCUAAUAAUCCUCGAGAUGAAGAAUCGUGUUUACAAUAAAACAGUCAAAGCAGAUCAUCCAACCGGAAACAAUGUUCUGGUUUUAAAAUGUUCUUCUUCAUCUUGAGGUUUCACUCCGACGGUCUUCCACAGAUGUUGUGUUCUCCUGCGUGUUGAAGGCACGUUGUUGUCUUCUGGCCGCUGACGUGGUGUCCUGUUUCAAGUGGUCCUCUUGCAUAACAAUGGGAUUCAAGUGGAGUUUGGUUUUGGUUAUUUCAAACAUAACGUGUUCUGAUCCUCUCCGACUUGCCAAUCUGCAACAACAAAGACUCAAGUGGGAAGAGGGUUUCAUGAGCUUGAAUUAGACAAUCUAGGCUGCACCGAGUCGUUCGAAGCUUCAUUCAUUAUGUUGACGUUCAAAUUUGAAAUCGACAUUUUAACAGCUUCUUUUUUGUAUGUUUAUUUAUCGUGUUGAAACUUUGCAUUUCUGCACAGUUGCGGUUAAAUACGCGGCUACUCAGUAUUUCCACUCAUUCUGCAGCAACGUGUGAGCUGCGCACAGUCUCCUCUGCUGUCGCAUGCAACCAAGUUGAUUUGAUGAGAGAGAAAGAUACUGUCAUUUCAUCUGAUGGAUCACUUUAUUCAAAUUGAGGAUGUUUUUAUUAUUAUCUUGGGUUGAUGACAGACAUGCAACUCAUUCUAAAAUUCCAAAAGAAUCUUUAAAUGUGACAAUUCGGUACAGCCUUACUAAUCAGUAAUGUAUAAAAGAAGGAAUAAAUAUGGCCUUGGGUUCAGUUAAGUUCACGUUUGGUAAACCGGUGGUGAUAUUGUCUUUAUUUUUAUUUUGUUUUUUAUGUUUUUUUACAGUCAACAUUUUCCAUGAAAAGGCCAAAACCAACAAUGUGUUGUCGGAUUGUUGUUGUCUGUCUCUCUGAACUUGACUUGCCUCCUCGAUCUAUAGCGCUCAGCCAGAAGCACAUUGUUCUGACUGAAGAUAUACAUUCUAUUAUUUUUUUGAAAUACUCACAUUUCUUUAAAAAAAGGAUCCUUCAUUUCUUGACUAGCUUUUAGAAAAUGCUACUCAAACUGCAGUAAAUGGGGAACUUACUAUUUUCAUUGGUCGAUGACUUGCAUUUGUUUUUGAGAGUUUGUGUUCCUCCACUCUGAGGCGUUGAGACGCCGACACCUGCUAAGUGGAAACAUCGAUUGUUGGUCUUUCAUGAGAUGUGUUGAAAGUUAAAAGAUAUUAAAUAUCACCAGACUAUCCUUUCAAGGAUCAUGUUCAACCCUUUUCAUAUAAAUCAUGAGUAUUUCAUCACUGCUUAUUAUUUACAAAAAACAUAUUGUAGUUUUUAUAAUGUAUUUGUGUGUCCUUCUAUGCAGCCACUGUUUGACAUUAUUCUGGUAAAUCAUGCAGCACACUCUUGGAACUCGUGUGCGUCCGUCCAAUCUCUUCUUCCAGUGAAAUGAUAAUACGAUGCAAAGUGUUUGCAUCAAUCUGCACAACAAUUGCAUUAUAAUUGUAAAGAUUAUGCGAUGAAAAAUAAAAUACAACUUAAAGUUGUAACAAUGAGUAGAUUAAUGGAUAAAUCCACUGACAGAAAAUCACUGUGGAACUAUUUUAAUCAUGCAUUAUCUUUAUGUCUCAGCUAAAAUAUUUGAAUAUUUGCUGGUUUUAAGGGUGCGAUGUGAUGUUUGUACUAAAUUAAACUAGUGGAUAAGAAAACAAUUUCAUUACAAAUGUUGUGUUUGUCACAUGUUUGAAAAUCGUCAGCAGAAAUAAAAAUGUUACAUAAUUUGGAGUUUAGGAGCUAAAACUUGCAAGAACAGGAAACCAUGUUGCAUUUAAAGAGGUUUGGGUUUUCUAUCCUGCUGCUUUAAGCAGUGAAGAACUUCAUAGCGUCAUGUUAACUGUUAACUGUCAAAUACAUUAAAGAAAAAAGCACAUUUUGGCAAUAAACAGCUGCGAUUCCUGUUGAAGUUGAUGAACUGAGAUGUUGAAAGAAGCACUAUUACUAAAUAACUACAUGUCAAAUAUAAGACUGCUUGAGGGACAGCACACAAUCUUCCAAAGUUGUCCUCUCUAUGCAGCCAUCAUUCUGUCAGAUGACCUUCACCCUCCUCUUCCUCCUCCGUGUUUACCUUUAAUGUGCCACGGCAUUUAUUUUCAUCUUUUAUUUUAACUGCACGUGUUUAGUUUUUUUGUAUUUGUAUUGUUCUUUGAACACUAAGGAUGUGAAGUGAAAUAUUUACCAAGUGUUUGUCUUCUAUUUUUGACAUUUUAAACACAAUACAAUAGUUGUAGUUUGUAUGGCCAACAUGCAGCAGCAUUGUCUUCAUGGCAUCACAUGAAGUUAUUCUGUGGAAAUAUUAUUGAUGAUGUUUUUGGUUCAGCUGUUGCCACAUGUAUUGAGACCGAUGUAAACAAGAGGUUAUGGACAUUAACUUGAAAGAGCAAUUAAUAUAUUUUGUAACAUGGCUGCAUUGGCUUGUACUGACUACACUGUAGUAAAGUAUAAAACGGAAAGAUGAAAUAUUUGGUAAAGUAAUAAAGACCAUAUACUGUUUAAACUGCCAAUGUCAACUUUAUUUUCAUUUAAAAAAUGUCAAUUGCU